UUUCUCAUUUACUGAUAGUGGAUUGGUGAAUGACAAAAUAAAAAUAACGGACUUACUAAAAAACCCGGGUUGGAAAAAUUUAAUGAAUGAACUGCCUGAUGACAACUAUGAAAAAAUUACACUUCAAGAAGCAUUUAAUGAUGAUGUGGAUGAAUAUGAGAGAAUAUUUAACGCCGGGUAUGUACUAGGUAAUCUUUAUGGAACACUACAAAUUGAAAUAUAUCAAUUUUACCAUGCUAUAUCCUAUGAAUGUAUUGCAAAAAAUAAUUAUAAUGUUGAAUUUAUAUUAACUGAAUUCAGAAAGUUAGAAAAAAUGAUUAAUAUGUUUGAUCCUUUACUACAAUGUAUGAAUAAAGCGCUGACUUCUUUUAAAUCUAAGAGACCUGUUUAUAAAAUACUGAGUGACAACAUAAUUAAAUACAAAGAAAUUAAUGAUUUCUUACUUGAAAGUAAUCUUCAGAAUUUAAAAAAUGAAAGUUCAAAUUAUGCAUCAGAUGUUUUAAACAAAUUUAUAGAGUAUAAAUGGUAUUAUUAUAACUUAUUGGCUCAAGGAGUCGAGGAGAUAAAUCCCUUAAACAAACUUGCAGAGAUAAACGAAUAUCAUUUCGGGAUUAUAUGUAAAGACGAUAAAAUCAAUGAUUCAAAUUAUCGUCCAUUCGUCAUGGAGUACAUUAAUCAAUUUGAAAAUCUUUCUAAUCAUAAAAAAAAGUUAUAUCCUGACCCGAAUCAUGUUAACAUGAGAAAAAAAGUUGAAGAAGGUGUUCAGAUGUUUUGCAAGGAUUUUGGGUUUGAUUUUGAAGAAGAAAUUGGGAAUAAUGAAAACUAGUGAAUUUUUUUUGUUUUUCAAUAUAUAUAAGUUCGUUUACCUAUACUUUUGAAAAAUUUCGAAGUAUCUUGUCUGUAUUUUAUUUCGGUGAAUUAUUAUUCAAAAAUUAUAAUUUUUAUUCAUUUUUUCUAGUUUUACAAAUCUUAGCUUUAUGAAUAUGUAUUUUAUGUAUUUUAAUGUAUAUAAGUGCGUUUACCUAUACUUUUUUAAACAUUUUAAAGUACCUUGUUUUUAUUCUGUUUCGAUGAAACAAACAAUCAUUAUUCAAAAAUUAAAAUUUUUUCUAAUUUUUCCUAAUUUUACAAAUCUUUACUUUAUAUAUAUAUGUAUAAAUGAUUAUUUCAUGUAUUAUAUUAUAUUUAUAAUUGUUCUGAAUACUUUUAAUUUAUUUAAAAAUAAAUGUAC